AUGGAGCCAACCGAACCGAUAACCUAUCUGGAGGCCACAGCCGCAGCGGGGACCUUCAGCCAGCUGGAACUGGAAGAAGACUUGAUGUCGCCGUUCAUGCUCUCUGAUUCACCACCGCCUUCCCUGUGGCUGCCCCUCCCACCCGCGGAGGGGUUCGCUGCGCCGGAGAAUUUCGGUGACUGGCAGAUUUCUCUGGAUGAGAUGCCCUGUAUUCCUUUCGGUGACGUGCAGAUUUCACCUCUGGCUGCGAUGCCCUGUAUUCCUGCUGCUGUAGCUGAAGAGACCAACUAUGCCGCCGCACCGGCACCACUUGUGGACACGCAUGGCACAGGAACAGGGCAAUUAUCGUCCAAUUUUUCCCUGUCAUCCACCACGUCUAACGAGUUUGACGAGGAGGAGGUCCAACAGGCGAUGAUGUCAUUGCAGCAUUUCCUACAUCCGCCGAUGGCUCCCGAUGGGUUGUCGAACACUACCAAUGGUGGUCCAGCAGCGAGGAGCCAUGCCGAUGCAGUGCCGGUGGUCCAACAAGGCACCAGCACCACCGCCGAUGAACUGCCUCACCCACAACAGCGGCUUCCACUACCGACGAACGACCCAGACCCGGAGGCUCAGCCUGGUGGUGGCUGGGCCUGGCCUGAUCUUUCACUGGCCGAUAAAGAAGUACAGAUACAGCAGAUGAGGCCAACCAUUUCGCCAUCUCAGCCGCCCUCACCUACUCCGGAUGUGUCCAGCAACCUCUAUCGUAUGGGGAUAGAUAUGAUACAGCAAUUAGGAAGGCAUAUUGGCAAAAUGAUGAAGGAUGAACAACACAGAUCGUCAAUAGUUUGGCAGCACUUCUCGAGGACGUCACCUUGUAAAUACUGUCGUACCGUGACCGUGAUAUGCCCAUAUUGCCACACUGUCAUGAGAAACCCCUCAACCAUUGAGAUGUUAAGGCAUCUAGAGAGCAUUCACCAGCUUCCGGCUUCCUCUGGGGCACGGUCCCCUCAGGCACUACAGAUUAAAGAAAUUGCUGAGGACCCCAAUGGUGAGAGUGAACCAAUUGAGACAGACAACAGCAAUAAUCGUGCCACUGCAGCGCGGGUGGACACGCAAGGCACCAACACUGUUGUGCUGUCUCCAUGGCAACAGCAUCAGCCACUGAUGGACCGCGAGGGACAAAUGGCAACAAUCCUUUCGUCCCAGCCGUGCUGCCGAGGACCAUCGGGUGGUCGUGUGGUCCGUCAUCAUAUUAUUAAAUAUUUUCCCAUUCUUGAGCCGGACUCAUGGUGCGACCUCAUUAUCCGACUCUCUGAUAGCUCAUAUUGCUCAUCGACUACUAAAAGUCCUCACCACGGCUUCAGAUUGAAAUUUUACGACAACAGCAAGGAGAAGGGUUAUAAAAUUUUACCACAACAACAAGGAGUUCAAGUGCGCUCGUCAGCAGCUUGUAUGAUCCUCAGCGAGAACCCGUAUGAAGAUCAUGCUGGAGUCUCGCUAGCAACUGGCUCCGAUACUAUUGGCAGUUCAUACCUGUUGGUGGGAGUUAACAAUUUUGACUCGGCCGCACCAGCUGGGUGCGCAUAUCCCUGGCAUUCUAUGCACCGUGUCCUUUGCUCGUUAGGAUUCAAGGAAGAAUUUGCUACAAAUUUAGUGAUGUAUGCAUUUGGACGGGUCGACGAGUGUAAUUUGAGGUUAAGGAGCCCCAGUUCAAGUAACAAGGGCAAAAGUAUUGUUAAACAAGCUGGUGAUGUGCCAUCAGGAAAACGGAAGCGAAAACCGCUUCCUCCACGGUCUAAAGUUUGGAACCAUUUCACGAAGGAGGAGGUGGUGGAGGCUGAAGGUUCAACGGUUACCAUGGCAAGGUGCAACCACUGUGGAUCUAAGCUGAAAGCUGAUUCAGCAAGUCAUGGCCGGGCCGUAGUAGCUCGGAUUCGCCUUCCUGUGCCGGUGCGGUCUUGGACUCUGCAACCCGUCAGGUUCAGCCGUAGCCGCUUCAUCAGCGUUGUUAGUUGUCGUUCCGUGAACAGUGUCACCACGGAGCUGACACUUCGCUGCCACAUACGCCACGGUGCGAUCCCUUUUGAGUGUGUUGACCACCAGACGCAGGGGGCCCUUGCAGAUGCUCUUCACAGCUCGGGCGAUGUUGCUGGUGACUGCAGUGCCCGGGGUCUGGAUCUCCUAGGUCCAGUCGCGGAGCGCACAGAGGUAGUGGGCGCUGGAGGGGUUCUCGCAGAUGAGGAGCAGGUGGGCCUUAUAGAUCUGCCCGUCUGCCAGGCUUUGAGUGGGAAGCCAAGCCCAACCAACGUGGGGGCACUCACGCCCUUCCAUGGCCAGGAGAUGCUUUACAAGGUUAGGAGCUAG